UGUUGCAUUUGAGCCAUAUAUUUUGGUGAACCCUGUGAUUAUUUGGUAAAGUACAGUAUGUUUUAGAUGGUGCAAAGGCUCCAACUUAUUUGUAUUCUGUCUAAUGUAAAGUUAUUUUUUUUAAACCUUAGGUUAUCUCUGGUCCCCAGUUUGAUGUAGAUUUUCAAAAUUAGAUAGCAAAUAUGUCAGAAAGUUAUCAUAAAACACAUUUCCUUUUUCACUGCAAAUGGAUUCUUAUCUGAUAAUUUUGUCAGAUUGGCAGGUCAGAAUUUGCAGAAGUACAACCCCUAUAUUUAUGAAAUAGUUAUAGCAGGAAAUAAUGUCCAAUGACAUACAAACUUGGAUACAAAUUACUAGAUAAUUUUAUUUCAAUACUUACUCAUUCCACGCCUAAUUUUGAGGACUAGCAUAUAUAAGGUGGACGGUUCACCUCAGUCGUUCCAUCUGCACUUGCAUCAGCUCUGCAGUCAAAAUGAAAUUCACUAUUGUGGCUACAGUCCUUCUUGGACUCUUGCUGACUCCAGCUCUUGCUGAAUACUUUCAGAAUGUGAAAUCAGUCAAGAAACAACCCUUCUACAGGAGAAUCAACAUUGGCAUUGGCUACCAAAUUCUGACCAUCGAUAGUGAGACCCUUGUGGCAGUUAUUGAGGACAAAACAACCCGUGAAUCAUGGAAAACUGUUUGGAACUAUGAUACAGGCUUUAUUGCAAGCAAAGUAGUGUCAGAGAAUGUCUGCUACAUUUCUAGAAUGGACAAAAUCGUGAUGCCUGCUCUUUCUUCAAUUGCUGUACUUGCUGAAGAGACUAAGAACGUGAAAGGCGAAAGAGUGGUUUCAAAGGAUAUCAGAUACGUCAUCUCAAACAGACGUAUCCGUGACCUCAAUUCCUAUGGACCAGAGAUCUACAGUCUGUGCAGAGGACUCACAACUUACUUGGCUUAUCAAGAACAGCAGCAGGACCAGGGAUCCCAGGUUUGGUACAACCAAAACUCAUGCUACAGACUUGAUGUCCUGAAUCUUUUGGGCAUUGACUACUGUCAGUCUCAGAACGUUUGAGCAUCGUACCUUUCUUGAACCUUAUAAGAAUGCUCGGUAGCUGAACAAAGCCAUCCCUGAUGAUGUUCUUCCCUGACAUUACAUCUUUCAAGAGUUUUGUUCUUCAUGAUUCAGAUGUUGAAACAGAUCAAUCGGUGAUAGUAUCUUUCAAAUAAACACCUUUAGCAUGGAUGAAUUGUG